CCCUCCUCCUCCUGCUCUCCACCCUUCUCUGCCAACAUGGCGGCCCCCGCGGAACUCAGCGGGCUGACGGACGAGGCAGCCUACGACGCCUGCUCGGAGCCGGAUGCCAGCACUAAGGAUUUCAUGUUUCAGCAGACAAUGUUAAGAGUAAAGGAUCCUAAGAAGUCAUUGGAUUUCUAUACAAGGGUACUUGGAAUGACACUGCUUCAAAAAUUUGACUUUCCUACUAUGAAGUUCUCACUCUAUUUCCUGGGGUAUGAAGAUAAAAACAAUAUCCCAAAAGAGAAAGCUGAGAGAACAACUUGGACCUUUUCUAGAAAAGCUACACUUGAACUGACACACAACUGGGGCACUGAAAAUGAUGACAGUCAGUCUUAUCACAAUGGCAAUUCAGAUCCCCGAGGAUUUGGACACAUUGGAAUUGCUGUUCCUGAUGUCUAUAAAACUUGUAAGAGGCUUGAAGAGCUGGGAGUGAAAUUUGUGAAGAAACCAGAUGAUGGUAAAAUGAAAGGACUUGCAUUUGUACAAGAUCCUGAUGGCUACUGGAUUGAAAUUUUGAAUCCUAACCACAUGGUGACUCUCACUUAGUUCUACUGAAGUGUAUUGUCUAAGAGAGGCCCACUUUCAGAUUCCUGGUGAAAAUCUGUAACAGUGUUUGUGAAAUCUGGUUAAUAGAGAAGAAUCAGUCACGUUCAGAGUCUCCUCCAAAACUAUCCCCUGGGACCUCACUUAGAUUCCUCUUUUCUUGUCCUGUGAUGCCACUGCAAAUUGUUUCCAGUUAGUAAUACGCAAUCGUUUUCUGGAAGAGCACUUAAACAGAUUCUCUUCUUGAACAUUCAUUAUGUUACUAUUUCAAUGAACAGCGUCAAAAGGUAUGUGACCAGAAACUCACUGCAUCUCACACUGAUUAGAUUUAAACUAACAACAACAAAUCCUGUGUUACAACUGAUGAUCAUCAACGAGGAUGUGAAAA